UGCCAAAGCAUGCAACAUUUAUGAUAGCAAGCAACCAGUCAUAACUUCAUUCUAUUAAAAUAUUAGCUUGCCCUCUUUCAUUUAUUGUAUAAUUGGUCUGAAGUACUUGAAGAAUUAAGGGUGGAGCUGUUACGAAGAUAAUCUGAUAAUGCUUUCUAAUUUGCCACUAGAAAUACAGAUUAAGUUGCUCCAAAUGGAGCCAACUUCGUCCUUGAAAUAUGUUAACUCCCACUUUUAUCUCCUUUACAAUGAUUUGUUUUACAAUAAAAUUAUUUCAGUUUUUGGAGAGGAUAUCAUUGGCAUUCUCGUUAAAAUUCUUCCUUGGCUCAAACCUUACAUUAAAAGUUUAGACACAUUUAGGUAUGAUGCAAGAAUGGUGGUAGCAUCACGGUUAGGACUAGUUGAUAAUGGAGUUAGUGAAGUUGGUAACCCAUUGAAUUGCAUGUUUGUUAAGGAUUCAUGGAAAUAUGUCUAUUCUGUAUUGAAGAAUAAGAGGUUAUAUGCAGAAUAUUCGGACUAUAGAAUUGAUGAACCUUCAAACUAUGUGUACAACCACUUUGUUGAAAUAAAUAGAACAUAUUUGUUGUCAUAUUCAAAAGCAAUUUGGUUACCACCAGGAAAUUAUAACUUGAAUAUAGGAUUGGCUGUGAAGCACGGAAGUGGUUUGGGAACAACUAAAUUUGAGAUCAAAUAUGCAAAUGAAGACGGGAAAGUUGUUGUUCAAACAUUUUAUCCACCUACUAAUAUCAAUGAGAUAUUGCCCAAGAAUCAGUUUUGUUUUCUUAAAAUUGGUGAAUUUAAAGUUCCGCCCAUUCAACCCAAGAGAGCAGAUUUAGAAGGUAGGGUUCAACUACUACCUAAGUUAAGGAAAGUUCAACUUACUAUGGAAGAAAUUGGGUUGUACCUUAAAUCUGGAUUUCUGAUCUAUUUUAUUGAUAUUUCACAACCAACACUACUUUACAAUGAUUAUGACUUGAUGUACUACACGGUAAAGGAAACUAAUUACAAAUACUUUGUAAAUAUUUUGCUCAAGAAUUUAUACAAAGCAUUGAAUUUUGUUCAAAAUGGUGGUUGCCCCGAUGAUCCAAAUAUUCAGUGUGUUCCAAACUAUUACGGAGGAGGGGAUCCCUUCGUAAUCAGCAAUCGGUAUCAUAAGCUACAAGAUUGCACAGGUGACCUGGAGUUGCUGCAGGACAGUGUUCUGCUCCCGGGAACUUUUUCAGGGUACGACGAAAAGUUACUAAUGAAGUAUGCUGAUUUUUAUUAUAAUAGCAAAUUUAAGAAGAGAUACUUUAAAUUUACUACUAUAUAUCAACGUCGCCAAUUUAUAAACAGGUUUGGUGAUUUUGAAAUGGAUUGGAAUGAUUCUAAUGAGGAGGAGGGUGAUAGUAAAAGUCCAGAAGCUUUGACUCAUGUUCGUAGAUGUUCUUAUGACAAGGAGGGCUUAAAGUGGAAGAUCCCUAUAGUUGGGGAAUUAUAGAUUUGCCUAUUUUAUAGAAUAGAUAAAGAAAUAAACAUGGGGAUUC